ACACAAGUAAUGUAAUGGGAGUAGCUGGAAUACAGAGAAAAAUACGUGUUGACGUGCAGAAGCUGCUGCUAUAUAUAAAUUGUAUCUGCGGCAAAUGAGGAUGGCUAAAGAAUUCAAAUUUGCAAGUUGCAAGUCAAAGUUUACAAAACACACCACCCCAAUCUGAAAGCAAAGCUCCAGGAAUCAGGGGGGAAACAAAUAUAAAAUGUUCAAGAAAUGAAACGAACAGCACAAAAAAGAAGGAAGAAGAAGAAGAAGAUUCACAGUUAAUCAGAUAAUGUCUUCUGAAAACUCCAAACAGAUCUUCAUCCUUUCAGGACAAAGCAACAUGUCAGGUCGCGGAGGAAUCAUUAAGUACUCCGAAACUGACCAGAAAUGGGAUGGUGUUGUUCCACCCGAGUGUCAGCCACACCCUUCAAUCCUCCGCCUCAGCGCCCAACUUCUUUGGGAGCAGGCGGAAGAGCCUCUACAUGCUGAUAUAGACACUCGGAAGGUUUGUGGUGUGGGGCCCGGUAUGCCCUUUGCCCACACGCUUACAGAGCGCGAGGGUGGAACUCUUGGCCUUGUACCUUGCGCUGUGGGUGCGACUGCGAUCAGUGAGUGGGCGCGAGGGACACCCUUGUAUAACAGUAUGGUGAAGAGGGCUAAAGCUGCAGUGGUGAAAGGUUGGGAUGAUGAGAGUGUGAUUAAAGGGUUGUUGUGGUACCAAGGAGAGAGUGAUACGUUAACAGAGCGUGAUGCAGCUGCGUAUGAAGGAAGAAUGGUGAAGUUUAUUUGUAAUGUUAGGGAGGAUCUUCACUUACCAUUGCUUCCAAUUAUUCAGGUGGCACUUGCGUCCGGGGUGGACGAAAAUUACACAGAAAAGGUGAGAGAAGCUCAAUUAGGGAUUAAACUCCCAAAUGUUUUAUGUGUUGAUGCAAAAGGGUUGAGCCUCAAUGAUGACAAUAUGCAUUUAACAACUGAGUCCCAAGUUCAUUUGGGUCACAUGUUAGCCGAUGCCUACCUUUGCCAUUUUAAUCCUUCCUUCUCCUAGCCUACAUUGCCUACAUACCGCGCGCACAACAUAAUAGUAUAUUACGUUGUUGUUGUUGUUGUUUUUUUUUUUUUGGGUUAACUUAUGUACUACCGCAUUCGUUUUCGAACAGGCAACUUAAAAUAUAAGUUGGGGGAAUGGGGAUCCUUUCAAUGAGGGUCUAACAUAAUCAUGUGUUUUACUCCUUUGUCUCUAAAUACUUGUUUCUUUCUGUCGUUUCUGAAUAUUUAUAACCGCUUUUAUUUUAGCAUCUGGCCACUAUUUUUUCUCUCUUUUAUUUGUCUCGUUUGUAACAAUAUUUUAUUACAUUACUAGUUUUCUAUGCGUGAUUUGUAAUUUUAAAACGCACACAUAAUAAUAUUUAUUUGAUUAAUUGCCUUUUGCCAUUUUUAUUUUUUUCUUCUUAGUUUUAAUAUUUGUUGAUU